CUCGACGCGCGACCAUGUUCAGUGCUCAGAACAACAACGGUGUAGAAACACAGCUUUGUACAGCAGUCAACAAUGCGAUAAGAGCACGCAAUGCCGCGGAGCUCGCGUCGAUUGUUCUUCUCGAGCCACCGUUCCCACCUAUCUACCAGGAGCUCAUUCAGUCUUUGCAAAGCAGCUAUUCACAGAAUGCGAACAACUCUGAAAGUCGGCUUGAUCAGCUAGUGCGAAAAGUCGUCACAGAGACAGCCGAGUAUGAAGAUGAGCAGGGCAAGCCAGUCCAGGGCUGGAAUGCCAUGGUCACCUUCCUCGUGGGAUGGAUGACCUUCCUGAGAGACAUGGAUCUGUCCAAUCUAUUGCAUACCUACCAAGGCCUGAAAGACUUGCAGGAACAAGCAAACAGCGCUUUGACUCACCCAAUCAAAGGUGUGUUGAUCCUACCAACGAUCGUCAACUAUGCCAGAAUCUUCGCACGAGUCGCACUAGGCCUUGACAAGCAUCCAGAACUCAUUCAGCAUCUACUGACCUCGAAUGACGAGGGAUCGCGAGAGUCGUUGUCAGAGAAGGCAGCUAACGUGGUUCGAGCCGCAUUCACUCAGUGUUUGAAUGAUCGAGUUGGUACUCAAGACAAGAAGCUUGGGAUCUACAAGAUGGCGAACAUCUGCCUGAAGAUCCUCUUCCAAGCCGACAAACCCGAAAGCUGCGAGACCAUCUUCAAAAACAUCACCAACUCGUCACCACCGCUGCACAUGUAUCCCAGGCCAGAACAGGUUACCUACCUUUACUAUCUCGGACGCUACCACUUUGCUAAUACGGACUUCUACGCGGCGCGACUGGUUCUCGAUCAUGCAUACGAUCUAAGUUCGAAGUCGCCGCAAUUCGUCAAACAAAGACGCCUCGUACUCAUCUACCUCAUCGCCUCCAAUCUGAUCCUUGGACGCCUUCCUACGCAACACAUCUAUGCGCUACCUGAAGCGGAAGGCCUCAGGGAUACGUUUGACCCUAUCGCGAAGGCAAUCAAAUCUGGCAAUCUUGAGAAGUUCCGGCGAAUUACAAACCCCGAUCUGUCAGGCAAGAACGCGGGUUGGCUUAUGAAGUUCCGCAUCUUCUACCAGAUCGGGAACUACUGCGAAGUCUUAGUGUGGCGGUCGCUCUUCAGGGCAAUUUACAGAAAAACAGGCCAGGAAGGUAGGCAAGACGGUGGCAUGAAUACUAGCAAGGCAGCAGUUCUUGAUAUCAAUCUCGUUCAUACAGCAUUCUCAAUCCUCGAGGCACGCGCGAAGAUCAAGAACGAGGCUAUGGCGCAGCAAGGCGCCAUCCCCGGGCAACGCAAUUUCGGUCAUAUCUUCCAGGACUACGCGUCAGUGUCGAGAUCUUCGUAUGUUGACCCUGACUUUGCCGGGGUCGACGGCAUUGAGCCAUACAAUCACGAGGUGGACGUGGCCGAAGUUGAAUGUAUAGCAGCUGCUCUCAUAACACAGGGCUUCGUGGCGGGCUACAUCGAUCAUGCAUCAGGACGCUUGGCUCUCUCAGGUUCGAGGAAGCCUGGCGGUGCGUCAUUGCACGGCUUCCCAGUACCAUUUGAAGUCAUCAAGAGCAAAAACAAUGACAACGUUCUCGGAUGGAAAAGGGACGCUGGAGGCAGUAUGCAAGGGCAGGUCAUUCGCAUGAGUGGGGCUAAAGCAGCAGGAGAGUAAGAAAGUCGAGCUUUAUACCCAUGUUGAACACCACCAAAUGCACAGACAAAGCGAUGGAAGCCCCACCCAGUACACAAGUUCCGUCGUAUAUUUAUCCGCCUGUUC